CCCUAGAGAAGUGAUGAGAAAAAGUAAAGGUCGUCAAAAGACCAAAAUGGUCAAAAUGGAAAAAGAAAAUAACCUUCAAGUUACAUUUUCUAAAAGAAAAAAUGGUCUUUUCAAAAAGGCUAGUGAGCUUUGCACACUUUGUGAUGCUCAUGUGGCUGUUAUUGUGUUUUCACCUAGUGGAAAAGUCUAUUCUUUUGGUCAUUUGGAUGUAGAAACUAUAAUAGAUCGAUUCAAAAGAAACGACCAUCUACCUCUCAAUCCACAACCCAACAUGCAACUUGAUGAAAACCCUGCAAACCCUCCGAUUCAAGAUAUGAAUGAUGCUCUUACUGCGGUGAUGAACGAGCUAGAAUUAGAGCAAAAAAAGGCUGAAGAUCUGAAGAAAAUAAGAGAAAAUUCCAAAAUCCCUGAGAUUUGGUUGAAAGAAUCUAUUGGAGGACUUGACUUAGGUCAAGCCAAAGAAUUCAAAGGUAAACUUGAAAUUCUGAAGGAACAAUUGACACAUGAAGCUUUCGAAAUCUUACAAGGAAGAUAUCCUCAUCCAAGUUUCUAUGUGGGAACCUCUAGUAAUUCUCCUUUUGGGGUUGAUGGUGGUAUUAACGUCAACCCAAAUAUGAACAUGUUUGAUCAAAGAAGAAUGCUGAAUGGGAAUAAUUUCUACAACCAUAACAUGGCUCUCCCCAACCAUCCAUCACCAUUUGGAAACUACAGUCAUGUUCCAGGAUACAAUUACUUACCAGAGCCCAAUCAGAAUGAAAACCAAAAUCCGAGUUCCAAAGAAGAAAAUGAAGCUGGAAAUGAACAUCACCAUGAUGGCCAUCCUCCUCACCCUAGAUCUGAUUAAUAUUAAUAAUCUGAUGUGAUGCAUUGAAGAAAAAAUCAUGUUUUAGGUUGUACUCAUCUCUUCUAAGUAUGUUGUGUUUAUCUUCUUUUGCA